AAAUAAUUUAGUAUUCAGUUGAAACUUAAACAGAUUCACACGAAAUAAGGAAUGGUGACAAAAUGCUGCAGGCAAAAAUUUUACUACUAAAUAUUUUACUCACAACUACACAUAUAAUGUGGGUAAACAGCUGUACGGGAACGGGAGGAGUCAGUGAAUCUGCCUCUAAUGCCAAAGAUUGGUGGCAAACCUCACAAUUUUAUCAAAUAUAUCCCAGAUCAUUUAUGGAUUCGAAUGGUGAUGGCAUAGGUGACUUAAAGGGCAUUACUUCGAAAUUGUCAUACCUCAAAGAAAUCGGCAUUAAUGCCACUUGGUUGUCUCCUAUUUACAUGUCACCUAUGGCUGAUUUUGGUUAUGAUAUAGCAGAUUUCUUUGAUAUACAACCAGAAUAUGGCACUUUGGAGGAUUUUGAUGAGCUCAUUAAAGAGGCCAAUAGAUUGGGUCUGAAGAUUAUUAUGGAUUUUGUACCCAAUCAUUCGAGUGAUGAAAAUGUAUGGUUUACUAAAUCGGUCAAUCGCGAAAAGGGUUAUGAAGACUACUAUGUCUGGCAUGAUGGCUAUGUUAGUGAAAAUGGCACUAGAAUACCACCCAGUAAUUGGUUGCAAGCUUUCCGUGGUUCUGCCUGGGAAUGGAAUGAGAAGAGACAACAAUACUAUUUACAUCAAUUCGCUGUCAAGCAGCCGGAUUUAAAUUAUCGUAAUCCCGAUGUAGUGGCUCAAAUGAAACGUGUUCUCACCUAUUGGUUGGAUCGUGGUGUAGCCGGUUUUCGAAUUGAUGCUGUACCCUGGAUGUUUGAGGUGCUACCCGAUGAAAAUGGUCGUUAUCCCGAUGAACCUUUAAGUGGUUAUACAGAUGAUCCAGAUGAUUCUUCAUAUCUAUUGCAUAUUUAUACUCAAGAUCAACCGGAAACUAUAGAUAUGGUUUAUCAGUGGCAUACUUUAUUACAGGAUUAUCAGCGUAUACAUGGUGGUGAUACGCGUGUUUUAAUGGUUGAAACUUGGUCUUCAUUGGAUCAAGUUAUGCUGAUGUAUGGCAAUAAGACAGCUGAUGGUGCUCAAAUUCCUUUUAAUUUCCAAUUUAUUGUUGGUGGUAAUGGUAAUCAAAUUAAUACGGAUUUAAAGGCUCCUGGUUUUGUGAAAAUUAUUAAGUCUUGGUUUACUAAUAUGCCAGCGGGAAGAACUGCUAAUUGGGUGAUGGGCAAUCACGAUAAACGUCGUGUAGGUAGUCGUUAUGGUGAGAAUCGCAUUGAUCUCAUGAAUAUGUUACAAAUGUUUCUACCCGGUGUUAGCAUCACCUACAAUGGUGAUGAACUCGGUAUGCUCGAUUUAGAUAUCUCCUGGGAAGACAGUGUAGAUCCAGCUGCCUGCAAUUCUAAUCCCAAUAUUUAUGAACAAUUUACUCGUGAUCCAGCACGUACCCCUUUCCAAUGGUCAUCCGCAGCUAAUGCAGGCUUUUCAACCAACGAUAAAACCUGGCUGCCCAUUAAUCCCAAUUAUGUUACCGUUAAUGUGGAAACAGAAAGAUCUCAAACAAAAAGUCAUUUAAAUGUUUAUAAGAAAAUGUCCCAGCUAAGACAAACCAAGACCCUACAAGAGGGUGCUAUACAAUAUGGUAAUGUGGGUGAUAAUGUGUUGGCCAUUAAAAGAUCUUUGGCUAAUGAUAAAACAUAUAUACUAUUGGCCAAUGUUUUGGACAAUGCGGUACAAUCAGUGGAUGUGACAGGUAUUGUUAAGGAAACUGGUAACUUUAAGAUCAAAAUUCCUAAUAUUAUUUCCACACGAAAUGAAGGCGACUUGGUCACUUUAAGUAGUGUUAACUUAGCGGGUAAUGAGGCCAUUAUUUUAGAAUCAGUUUAAAACUAUAAAAAUAUAAAUGUUAAAAUAAAAAUCUUAAAAAUAAAAAA